AUGCUUCUAAUAACAAUUCAUUAGAAACAAAUAGAAUAUUUAGAGGAUAAGGUUGGAAUAAAUUCUAAUGAUUUAGAUUCACCUUAUUAAAUUCUUUUAGGAAUUGAUUUUGUUGCAAGCCUAUAAAAAUGUAUUUUAUUAAUUUAAAUAUUAGUUAUUGAAUCAUUAGAUACAAAUAUUUUAAGAAUUAUGGAAUAUUUGAUUUAAAGUAAUUGCUUUAUGAAGAGGCAAUAAUUUCUAUAUGAAAUGGUUGUUGAUCGUUAAGAACUAUGA